CGGUUCAUCUCCCGGCACCGCCCCCUCCCCCAAUCAACCUACACACACGACGUCACCUCUGACCCCUGACCCCGCCACCCGGAACCGGAAACGGGGCGGUCGCGGCCGGGGUUGCCAUGCAGCCACAAGAAGAAAAGCAGCUGGAGGCCUCUCUUGACGCCAUCAUCAGUCGGGUGGCUGAUCUGAAAAGCUCUUUAGCAGCUUUCAUCCUCAAAUUAGAGAAUGAAUUUGAACGAAUGAACUGGCCUUCAGUAUUGGAUAACUUUGCCCUGGUAUCUGGCCAGCUGAACACUUUGAAUAAGCUCCUGAAAAAUGAAAAAACACCACUGUUAAGAAAUCAAGUCAUCAUUCCAUUGCUGCUUUCUCCCGACCGUGAUGAUGAACUAAUGAAAUUAACAGAGGGUCGAGUUCCUGUUUUCAGUCAUGAGGUGGUGCCUGAUCAUCUCCGGACCAAACCAGACCCAGAAGUAGAAGAACAGGAGAAGCAAUUGAGUGCAGAGGCAGCACGCUUGGCACCUGAUGUAGCUCAGAAACACAUCCAGUCAUUGAACAAAAUGUGUGGCAACUUACUCGACAAACUUAACAACACUCGGGAGGAACGGGAGUCUGAAAGUGGAGCUUCCCGUCAGAAUAAACAGACCUAUAACCCAGCAGAUACUAAUGCUUUAUUGGCAGCUAUUGGAUUUGGGAAAGGAUUGUCCAAACCAAUUAGACCAACUCCCCAAGGUGGUCCAGUCUCAUCAGGUCAGCCUGUGCCAGGUGCUGGUCUCCAAGGUGCUCCAAGUAUAGCACAGGUGUCCAUACAAAGUGGGCCUAACCAACAGGGAAUGCAAGGCCAGGUUCCACCACAGCAAGGUCAGCCAGGUAAGAUGCCAAGCACCAUAAAAACCAACAUCAAGUCUGCAUCAAUGCAUCCGUAUCAAAGAUGAACGCUGAAAUUUAACAUGACAAAGGCUGUCAAGUAGUUACAAUUGAGUAUCUGCAAAUCUCAACAAGAAAACCUAAGUCACGUGCAAUAAGAGUUAGUCCACAAAGUACAGAACCAACUUUAAAAGGGAUGUUGUCAUAAAUUGACUAUUUUGUUGUGCAUGGAACAGCCAGCAGUCAAAAUGUUGUUUUGUUGGCUGAUCGAGAAGCCUGUGCUCAAAGAGAAUCUGCAGUACUAGGUGUUUUUUUUUCUGAUCUUGGUGAAAUUGUACACCUCAGUGGAAGUGAUUUAAUGAUCUUGCAUGUAAAACAAACAUUUGCCUGUUGUUUCUGAACCUCAACAAGGUUCAUACAAGGGAUAUUCCAGUAAUCACUAAAUCUGUUCCUACUGGUGUUCUACAGGUAGGUAAAUUGUGCAAUUAAAAAUGAUAAUUUUUUAA